AUGGCUACUUCGAGGCUCAUUCGUUUGUUUCUUCUGACUGUUAACCUUCUGAUCGCAAGUUUACUGGUGACAUCUAUCUCGGACUUCAGUGGGAGCGUUUUUGAAACUCAGAGUGGUAAGUUAACACCUGCGGCUUUAUAAAAUGUUUUUCGAGACCUUUUUCAAUGUCUCUGGGCAAAAUAUUUUUAUUUUACUAGUUUUAGUCUAAAGUAGAGUUUUUUUUAUUACAUCUUUUAAAUACUCACCAUUUUAAUAAAUCUAAGAUAACAAACUCGCACAAAAAAGCACUUUGAGAGCAUUUUCAUUGUUCCGACUUGUCUCAUGUUAAAAUUAUUUUUAACAGUUUUCACUUUAUUUUUACUUCUGUCGACUGUCACAUGUAUUUAAUUCCAAGAUUGUCACAUGUAUUUAAUUCCAAUUUAGCAAGCAAGAAUAUCUUUCAUCAUAAAAUGUACAGCUAAAUUCAAUGAAAAAAGGUGUGUCCUUGGACAGGUUCAUGUUUAACCCUACUGAUGGUUUCAUAUUCCUUCGUUUUUCGUAACUUUAUCUUUCAGACCAUAUUUUAGUUGAUCAUGUCAUGAAUGCGUCUACUGUUGUUGACGAGUUUGAAUGUCACCAAAAAUGCCUGAGAAAUAACAGCUGCAAGUCAUUUAAUGUUCGUCCUGGUGCAGAUAUUGCAAAACGACUUUGUGAGCUGAACAACAAAACAAGCAAGAUGACGCCGGAAAGCCAGUUCAAAAAGAUGGAAGGAUCUUCUUAUUAUGGACCUGUUAAGGUCAGUUCUACUGAUUGAACAUCAACCAUGGCUUUUCACUUAACAAAUAAAGAAGCCCUAACUGUGCCCUGUUCUGUUGUAAAGUACGCAGUGAGAGGCCGCCGAGAGCACGGAAAAAGUGUAGAGGGAAACAGGAGACGAAGUCGAGUGUUUCUCCCUACUUCUCGAGUGUUUUAAUUAGGCGCUUCCUAAGCACUUUAUAAAAGAACAGAGCACAGUCAAGGCUUCUUCUUUAUUUGUUUUAUGAUAAAGAAUCGGUUAAAUUUCCCACGCGUUCUUAUUUCAAAACAAACGUUUUUUUUCAAAGCGAACGAAAGUGUCGUCAUUGUGUUCUACACUGACUCUCAUAAAAGACGCUUAAAAUACCCAAUCACAAUCCUUUUUUAGAAUGGGCCAAAUGAUCUGAUUGGUUGAAUAAGCCAAAAGCUGUCAAAGCUGUCAAAGACUCAAAGCUAUCACAAAGUGAAACGAGCUAAAUGUUCUAUGCAUUUGAAUGCAGAAGAAAUGUAAUUUUUACGUCCAAAACCAAAAAUCGGUUUCUUAAGGCAAAAAGUGCUUUUAAAUCCGGCCAAUUCGGCGGCCUAUAAAAACCUGCACAUCAUUAACAUGACAAUUUGGAAACAACUGUUUUAGCUUCUGAUCGAAAAAACUGAAUCUGAAAGUAAGAUAAGAUUCGCCGACGACUUGGCAGAAGUGAUGUUGUAGUCUCGCGAUCGUGACAACUUUAGCUCUGUGUUUUAUACUCUCAUAAAACAUGCUUUUUCAACCAAUCAGAGUGCGCGUUAUAGCUGAACUUUAUUAUAAAAAAACUUCAAGAAAAAACCUUAGCUAAAAACAACUUAAAAACUUGUUCAGGUUACGACGAACACCCUGUUCGGUUUUAUCGUAUUUCAAAUAAGAGAUAACAGACAAAUGUUUAAGUUCUCACACUUCUGGCUCAAAAUCUCUGGAUUUUUUGAGGUGUCAACAUAACUGAUGAAAACCAAAGCACAUAAUGACGUCAUCUGUAGUUUUAAGAUAUGGUUUGAUGUUUGUAAUUUCAAUUCGUUAUUUUGUUAUCAGGUUUCCUGCCAAGAUUUGCCCACCAACAAGAAGAAACAAACAGGUCAUUGUCAUCCGGACUACAAAGGAAAAAGAUGUGAAAUUCGUGAGUAACGCUCGUCAAUGUUUCAUUUUGAUUGUAUGAUUACUACACGGCGGAGCAAAUAUUUACCAUAAAUAGUCAUUUGUUUUAUUAUCUGCUGCAGCAAGGCGAGGCUGGAAUUCUAAGCAGCCUGCUUAUUCCUGUAAGAGCAUCCGGGACUCUGGUGACUCUAAAGGAGACGGGAGGUACUGGAUCGACCCUGAGAACAGUGGAAACCCCUUGAAAGUUUACUGCGAUAUGACAACUGACAAAGGUGAGAUCUGAUCUUGAAAGUCUGAAAUUGUUGUAAUACAUUGUUCAGAUGAACCUACAUAACUUCGUCAUACAGGGUGGUAACUAAUUCACAUUCGCAUAAAAACCACCUUAUGCCUUUUGAUGGAUAAGUUAUGGGUGAAAAGCUUUGCCCGAGACCAGGGGUGCUAUAGACUCAUCCAAAAGACGGUAAAUUAUUGCAGAAUACCUCAUUAAGUUGCAGUACAGUCAAAUCUCCCCGAAAAUCAGAAAAACCCAGAAAAACUCCCAUAGAGAGAUGGGCAGUGUUGGGGUAAUACCUCCCACAUGUGACGGAUUCAAUUGAGGGGAGUGGCCCGGCCCAGCUGUGGGACUUUCCCUCCCAGCUACGCCAAACGAAAGCUGAAGGGUGACUUGCAGCAUGUGUAACCCGGUUCGAGAAAUCCGAAUGGGAGGAGAUAAAAAGAAGGAAAGAUCCUGCGAAAGAGGGAGGCUGGGAGGGAACCCCACAGUUAAGUCGAGUCAGGAAACCGUCCGAAGACUGGAAGAGGGGUGUGUUUAGGGACCCCCCUGAGCACGACUCAAGUGUGGGGUAGGAAAUAUGGGAAGUAAAAGCCCCCAAAAAAUAUAAUAUACAAGGAAGCUCGUGCAAAUUUAUUAAGGCUGUACGCUAGAGCAAAGAGAACGUGGUUACUGUAACUGAUAUCUAGCAGUUACGUUACCUUCUGUUUCUGCUAUGUGACCUCUAAGGUCACAAGUGUAAUAGGUGAGGAAGAAUAAACACAGACACGCGUGCAAAACGUCUGCGCAUGCGCAAGGUCUCUAUUUUCAAUAAUUAAAAUUUGCAAAAUCUUCGCCAUUUAAAUUGAAAAACACUUAGUAAUGUUUGAUAUGUUUAAUGGUUUGCAGCCAGUUCUAGUAUUAAGCACAACAAAAAAUUGCUUAAACUAACUUAACUAACUAACUGAUAAAGUCGUCUAGUACAAGGUUUUUCCGUCCUUGUUUUUCCACUUAGCAUGCAUUGUUCGUUUUCGUUGUUCACAUUGACCGAGCUUAGCGACAUGAUGACCAAAACAACAAGAAUGGCUACGGCGAAGUGCUGCCAGAGGGAGCGUGGACUUUCAAACAUGAUUUUCGCCUUUGGUGCAAGGAGAAAAGUAUGUGGUGCAAAAGAGAGAAACUAAAGCAAUUAAUAAACUUUGUGUUCGUGAAAUUCUAAGCUUAUCUUUUGAGUGUGGAGCUUACUUUUUUGAAUUUCGCGGCCGGAAUCUAGUUUGUUUUGGUAUCGCGUAUAAUUUCGAUUGGGGGAGACACUGGCAAAUUCGCGCCGGAAGCAGGGAAGGCACGCAUGUGCACUGCGUUUUUCACUAGUGUCAUAAACACAAUAUAAAAAGUAACACGUCUCAAGGGAACAGCUGCGAGGGGGCACGGAGUAUGCUGACAAUGCAAUGUGUUGAAAUUAUGCAAAGUGUUGAUAAUACAAUGAGUACGAAACGAACGGCAAAAAUAAACAACUGGCCACCUUAUUCUAAAAUCUUUCAAUACAUACACGUUGAUCAUAUUUACAUGUAUUUUGCGCAAUAUAAAUAUAAAAUUAUUAUUAUUAUUACACGUAAAAUGCCAUAAAGCAUCAAAGACUCUAGACCAAAUGUACGAUGGACGGUCGCGAAGUAAAGCCAAAGGUGUCUGUUCGUCAUUGUACGUUUCACAGACGUUAAAGGGCACGAACGAAAUUAAAAACAUGCCACCGAACUGCGUUGGUUAGAUCUUCCUUUACCUUUCACAAACGCUAAGAAGCGUCAACGUAAUGUCUAUCUCUUGAUUGUACGUUUCACAGACGCCAAAAGGCGCCAACGUAACUGAUUAAAAACAUGCCACUAAGUAGAGCUGCUGGGAUCCUCCUUUACGUUUCACAAACGCUAAGAAGCGUCAACGUAAUGUCUUUCUCUUCAUUAUACGUUUCACAGACGCCGAAGGGCGCCAACGUAAUUAAAUGCAUUCCACUGAACUGCACUGUUGAGAUUCUCCUCUACGUUUCACAGACAGGAGUACCCAACGAGAAAAUUUCAAAAGUGAUUGGAUAUCGCUCCAAGUAAUAUUUUAACAGUCACUAAUUGUUUUUUGGUUGAUUAUUAACUUCUCUGGCCAAAUUAUAUCCGCUCCCCAAAGCCAGCAAGAGCUAGAUUUUAAAGUAUAAUAUCCAGCCAGGAUCUUUACCUUAAGGGCUUUUCCCAGCCAGGAUUUUUACCAAAAAGGCAUGUCCCUAGCCAGGAAUGUCUCUUUCUUCCCUUUUUUGCCAGCAAAAAAAAUUUCCGACAUUUAGCCAGCCAAGAAAAUAAAUUGAGCCAUUUUAUCCAGGUGAUACAAAAAAUUUAACUCAACGAAAGCUUAGUGGUAUCCUGGCGAAUACAAAUAGUGUUGAGUUCAGUUCUUUCCAAGGAAUAGGUUUCCAGACAUAUCUCAUCGUUUUCACUUCGCUGGUGAUGAGCAAUUUGCUUGUUUUUGUGAGUUUUUGAUAUGCUGAAAAAGAACGUAAUGUACUUAUCACUCAUCCCAAGCUUUGGAUCCUUCAUUCAGCUACUCUCAGUGUCCUUUUCAUCACCGCCUACAUCAUCUCUGUCGGUAAAAGAUAACUGAUAUUUGUUAUUCAAUCUAUUUCUCCGUCUCUGUCCUGUUUUAGCUUAGUCUUGAGGAACUAAUUAAGAGAAACGCUGUGUGUUCCUCCCACUUCGAAUUCUCUCCCAUGUCAAAUCAAAUUGUUUAAAAGGAUACCCAAUAGUUAGAAUAUAUUUAAUGUUGGGCAUUAGGCAAACUAACCUCACAUCUUGGGAAGGAUUUUAGUAUACUUCUCUUAUCUUUUAUUUAUUUUUUCUUUCAUCACUCAAUGCUAGGCAAAAUAGAACAAUAAAACUGCUUGAGAUUUUGUUCACAUUGUGCUAAUACACUGAUAGCAAUCGGGGGGGGGGUAACAAAAAAACGAAAGUAAAUACAAAUUUAUUGUUAGUCGAACAGUCUUUAAGUACCUUGAUAAGAAAAAAAAAUACAUUCAAUCAUCGGCAUACCUUUCACUUUCCUUUUCUGCAUACCGACUCCUCUUCAUAUUCAGAUGGGGAUCCAUGUAGUCUUUGUUAUGGCUUUCCAUAUUCAAACAUACAACGGUAAAUUACUACGUUACUAUAAUAACUACAUAUUAUUACUCGCCAACUUGGAUUUACUUAGUAUGCAGCCCAAGACCGUAAUCGCUCAAAAGUAGCAGUCGCUGGGGAAGCUUCAGAGGAUAAAAGACAACUGUUCACAGCAAAGGCCAUUACUGGCAAUCACUGCAAAAGCUUUGCGAAACCUGUAAAGACAAUUUCAGCAAAAGUCCUUUUUUAAGUCCAACCUCACACUUAAAUCAUACAUAAACGAGAAAUAAUCGCUAAGAAAGCUUUACAAGGUAAAAGACAACUGUUCACAGACUCUUGUAAAGUAUUUGAAAUAGGUCGUUUCACAAACCGUAGUAAAAUAAAAUUAAGAAAACAAACAGUACUGCAAAUGUCGAUAAAAACCUAAAGACAUUAACACCAAAACCUCUAAUUUCUGCAAGCUAAAGGUGACCGUAUUCGAUGGAGCUCUUCAAGCAACAAACGAGCAAGGAUUCAGGACUGCAAAAUAAGAAUUGUAUGAUAACAGAUUAAUCCCUUUUUUAUUGUUUGACGCCUUUUUCGGGCAUAAAAUCUUUCCGUUGGUGAGACACAGGUCGUGACUGAAAUAUUUUACUUGAAAAUUGUAGUCAUUUGAGGCUCCGUUCGCACUACAACAAAUUUUGGUUCCUUUACACCAAAAAAAUCCGUCAACAGGAAGCCAUUUCUAGUACAAACGAUUUUUUACCUAAUCAAAGUUCAAGGAUUCCUUCGAGAAUUAAAAAGGCCUGAAAAAUUUUUGUCAGACGACAAAAUCCUUUCAUGACAUUGAUCAACGGCCCGGGCCGGGGGGGGCAUGGUGCGGGGGUACUCCCUUAUAUAAGCUAAUAUAUAUAAUAAAAACAAGCAGAAUGUCAACUAACAAAAUAUUCAUGUUUCUAAUAAACCCCCCUAGCGGAAAUGCUAAAAUGCAAAACAUGUAUUGUAGUGCUUUGAAAAAAGAAAAGAGGAAGACCGCAAAAAAAUUAAUACUCUACUUAUUAGCCAUAUAUGGUUAGAACGUUUUGUUGUUUGCAAGUUAAGUUAUUUGGAACUAGUUGAUAAACUAUUUAUUGUAAAGACUCCAAACAGGUAUGUAUGUAUUUAUGUAGGUAUGUGCCGUCCCAUCGGGUAGGGUUUUGUGCCGUUUUGGUCUGAAAACGGGUAUACACUUUGCCCAUUUUGGUCUGGAAUCGGGUAUGGUUUUCGAGGGAACUACGGAGUGUAUGAACGUAUUUAUCGUUUCAAUUCCAAAUGAAUGAGAAAGAAAGAGAAAUAUGCGAAUUCGAAAUGGAUUUGAACAAUUUUUUUGUUUGCACUCUAAUCUAAGUAAUGAUAACGUAAUUUCUGCCUAAAGGCCAGGUCUGAAAACGGAUGCGGAAAAUUACAUUUUUGGGUCUGAAAUUGGGUCAGGAUUUGAAGAACCGGGCGACACACCCCCAUCAAGAAUUCCCAGGAGUAACCCCCCCGGGUAAUUUUCGCAUCAGUAAUCGUGCUUAGGUGCAAUUGACAUUUUUGUUUCCUGGCGAAAAAUUUCGAUCAGAAUGAAUGUGUUUGCGAUUAUAUGAAAACAUAUGUAAUAAACGAAGGGCAUAGUUAUGGAGGUCCGUGAUAGAUAAUAACUUCGGUGAGUUGAUCAGCAAAACCGGAAAUCGCCACCAGGUAACCUGUAAAAUAUUUAUUCUACGGGUAUUUUCUUUAGGGGUUUGCUUAGAUCCGCACAAAUAAUUCCGCAAAAAAAAUCAGUGUUCUUAGUGAAAAAAAUGUGUAAGUAGGUCUUUACGACGAUACCCUCGUGCUAAAAUUCCGCUUGUUCUAUACCCUUUUUUUAUACUCUGGAGGGUUCUAUGUUUGACUGAGGGAAAUGUGAUUUUUGCCGCUUGUUUGGCACUGAGAGGUCAUGGCACGCAUAUUAAUAUUCUGUGGUUUUGUUCCUGGUCGGCAAGAUUUGCCCUCGGAUGCAAGAGCAUAAGAGUAAAAGUUUUAAUAAACAUCAGGGUUUACGUUUCUAUAAUUUCCUCCAAAGUUUCUUCUGUAUCUGAAUAACUAAGCCAUUUACUUUGGUGCCAUUAUCAAGCUCAAAAUGAUAAAAUUAAAAGGCGUUAUUACCUGCUGGACAUACUCUAAAUGAUCUCUUAACAAGGCUACUGAAACAAUGACCUUUCCGCUAUUGACUCAAGGGUGCACUAAAAAUGGAACACAGAAAGCAAAAGGAAGGCAGUUGAUAUCGUAAAGUAACGUACUAAAACUUGCCACAAGGCAUUUAGAUGAAAGCAAGAAACAGUGGAAAGACUACUUACCUAAGAAUCAGCAGAAUUUGGAUGUAGAAAAAGUUGCAACCGUAACAUUCAGCUGCAUCAAAUUGGAGAUACACAACGAACGCGACUAUAACCGUUACUCCUCAGAUGGCAUUCCGCGUACCCCGUGCAAUAAAUAAUAGGCGUCAUAAUAGGAAUUGCGUAAGUCCCAAAAUUGACACCAUAACAAAAGAGAGGGAUCGUUUACAGAGAAAUUGCAUUGUUUGCUGACAGAGUUUUAAUGAUUGACGUAUUCAGUUUGUACACGCUCUUUGGUGCUUAAUUUUAAAUACACGUGCUCGACACUAGCCUGCGCGUGGUGCACCCUAGUUGUCACUCAAAGCCAAAGCUAUCUUCGAACUUUCCUAACUAGCUGUCAUUUUCCUUCUCCAGCCCAAAAAUAACUGGCAACUAAAUUAGCCAGAGCACAUUCUUAAAAGCCGCAGGAAGCCAGAGGCGAUAGGAAAAUGUUUUUUCCAGCCAGCAUCGGCAUUCAAAAUGAAAAACCACAGCCAGAAAAGCGUUUCGGCAGAGUUCCCAGCAAGAGUUUCUCAUCCUUUAUUUAGUUACCAGCCAGUAAAUUCUUAGCCUGAGGAGCGGAUAAUUUGAGGAGCGGAUCCGUUGGGUACUCCUGUACAGACGCCAUGAAGCGCCGACGUAAAUAUGUUCCGGCUCGUUCUCGUUCUACUGUAACAGACGCAAAAGACGCGACAAUAAUCAAAUAAGGGUCACCUUACCUCUGGUACGUUGCACAGACGCCUAAAAGCCCUAACGUAAACAAACUCCAGGACAGAAUGGUGAAAAAGAUAAACGCCACGUACGUAACAAAUUGACAAGAAAAGGGGGAAGCGAGAAAUUAAAACAUGAUACUUAGGUGGAUGGUGUUGGUGCCGGUUGAGGCUCUGUCGAAGCAAUAGCUACCGCAUCAGCUGGGUCUGGUUAAACAGGGACGAGAGCCAUGAAAGAGCUUCAGCGGCGCUGGCCGCGUUGCGGAAGAAUGAAACUUGCUUGCCUGUAAUAGAGUAGACUUGCGAGAAGACGGCGAAUUUGUUUGCUAGGGCGUAUGAAAGGCCUAGGAAAUUUCCCUAGGGACCGUAAAGGACCAAUAGACUGCUUCCCGAGGGAGCACGCAGUAAUCUAGUUGAUUAAAUCGUCACGCGGCGGCUUUUAUACGAAUGAGAAUAGGGAAUUUAUGCUGAGUAGGUUCUUAGGCCCCGUCCACACGUAUCCGGAGAUUUUUGUAUCCGCGAAUUUUUUUAUGCGGAUACAAAAAUAUCUGCGUCCACACGUAGCGUAUACGAAUCGUAUACGACCGUCCACACGUAUCCGAUUCGUAUCCGAACAUCUCAAAGGAUUAGUCAACAGAGCAUGAGCAUUAAGACUGGUUCUGAUACUGUGACGUCAGCGUAUACAAAAAUAUACGGAUACGAGCGUCCACACGUUUCCGGAUACACAGCGUAUACAGAAAUUUCCACUCUGGAGAGCGUAUACAGAAAUCUCCGGAUACACCGAGCGUAUACGGCGGGCACGUGUGGACGGUAGGUGUAUCCGCAUAAAAAAAUUUGCGGAUACAAAAAUCUCCGGAUACGUGUGGACGGGGCCUUAAUUUGGUCCUUAAUUUCUAUGAAGGAGAUAAUAGAUUGUUGAUUACCAGAAAAAUAAAUUAACACGAGUUUGGUCCUUACGACUGCAGUUUUUAGUCACAAUUUUAUUUUUAUAACCCUAAAAAACUGAUUACUGAAUUUAUAUACAGUUUGGUACAGUAUCUUCUUGUUAUACUUUCAGAUUUAAUUGUUUAUCAUAAUUCAACUGUACCACAUAUUAGAACCUUCUUGAUCUUGCUUGGCUAAACAGGCUCUUCUGUUUUUGGGUUUUAAAGGGGCAAAUUUCUGCAAGAAGGUUCUUAAUCCAUCAGGCUUUUUUUACGCGAGUGUCUACCAUAUAUGUUUCUUUGAAAUUUCCCCGUGAAUAAUUUUAUUAUGCCUUCGAGGGUAAUCCAUCUUACUGCACUCGCAAAUGAGUUGAGUUCGUGUCGCAUCUUUAUCUCCACACAAUCUGCAGAGGGGAGACACAUCCUGUUUUUCGAUGGAAGUCUUGUUUACAUUCGUCGUCAGUGCCUGAUCUUGUGUGGCAGUUAUAAGCCCUUCGGUCUCUUUCUUCAAAUCCCCCUUCUUCAACCAAUCCCAUGACCUCUUAGCCUUGACUUGUUCUGUUUGACGCAAUAUCUGGCCAUGAAGAAAAUUGUCUUCCACUUCUUAAUCUUCUCAAAAGUUUCCUCCUUCUCAUCGUCUGUUUGUGGGGGGUUCCUCAUUUUCUUUCUUAUCUCUUCAAGUUCUACUGUUUUUUGCAGUGGUUCCGAGAUGUUUUGAACGCAGUAGGCCAACUCCAUCUCUUCAUCGAGAACACACUCCUCCAGGCCAUUCAAUAUACAGCCCCCGGAAAGUCGUUGAAAGUAGGAUCGGUCAACAUCAGCUCGUGGAUGAAACAUAACAUAAACAGUUAACUGUUUAUGAUUAUCUUUUUUUUUUCUUUUCUAUUUCUAUCCAUAACUUCUAGUUCAGCUUUACUUUAGUUUACUUCUUCAGCUCCAUGCCAGACAAAUGACAGAGCCUAUGAAUUUGUUGCAAGUAUAGUAUUUUCCCACUGACAUUGGACUGUCUUUAGUCUCCGGAAAUAUUCUUUCUUCAAAACGUUUUUCUUGUGCCCUUGAAAUAGAUCGUCAUAUUCCAGAAUUCCCAGGUUCUUAUAGCCGUCUUCUUCCGCUGAUUUCAUUUUGCGAUUACCAGGCGAGGUAAUCCCCACAAUUUUCUUAACAUUUUCCCUCUUUAACGCCACGCCUUUUCAUACCAAACGUCAUGCCUAUAUCCGGUACUGAACACCGAGUGUAUUGACCAGUGAGUCAAGCUCACGUUCAUCCUUCCCCUACAGCUUUAAGUCAUCUAUAAACAGUAAAUGAAUGAUUGACUCCUCUUCUUUGUCUAAGUAGUAUCUUCCUUAUGGAUUUUAUUAUUAUGUAAAAUGUAGCACAGGGAUUUUUCCUGGGGAGAAAUAUCCAGUCAAGUCUCAUUCCGAGACCUCAGACUUCCAGCACCUUUCUGAGGAUAUGUGCCGAUCCGAGGAGUGCCGACUUUUGCAUCGUUCUUGUUCGGUUUUUAAUUCCUAGUUGCUCCAAGAGGCCUGCCAGCUUCUUUGACACUGAAGCCAAUGCACCUACAACCACUGGCACCACUUUUGUCCUUGAUUUCCAGAUCCUUUGAAUCUCUCUUGCCAGGUCUUGGUACUUUUCACACUUUUCAGUUUCUUUCUGCAGAAUAUUACUAUCUCCGGGAACAGCUAUGUCCACAAUGAUUGUUUCCUUUGCCUUCUUUUUCUGAAUUACAAUGUCUGGCCUCCUGUGAUGGAUUUCACGGUCUGUUUGGAUGGUAAAGUCCCACAACAGUUUAACCUCCUCAUUCUCUUCUACGCUUUUGGGGGAAUGCUCAUACCAUUUGUCACUGCACUCAACUCAUUAUUAUUAUUAUUAUUAUUGCUGUUGUUAUUAUUAUCAUUACGUGAUAACGGGGGUUAACAGAGGUCCAGAAGCAUUGUUGCGGGAAAGGUUCUCACGAUGUCUAGCUAAAAUGGACUGAGCAAAUGAACAGAGAUGUUUUGGAUUGUAAGAGACGGGCCAUUAGAAUGGAGCCAUCAGAAAACCUACCGCGAAACGGGAAUGGUAGAAAGAGAGGCUCGCUGGGAACGCUGCUAUUUGGUGCAGUUGAGGAUGUGCACGAGUCAAAUUAUAAUGAGAUCGCUAGUGAUUUGAUUAAAGAAGCAGCGCUGAAGAACGAGAGGCGCUGGAGGUCCCUGGAAUGUAGACGCUAUGGCUUUCAAAGGAUCCUUGCUAACAAGUCAUUCAAGAAUUCUGGCUCUAAUUUGUGCGACGCUCUUGUUAAUCAGACCUAAUAGAAUUUCGAAAUAUUUUCAGAUAAAAGCAACUUCUUAAAAGUCUAGAGAGUGCGUUUUGAAGAACAUGGGAACUGGUGUUUCCAGUUUGGAGAUUAUUCAGGACUAGAAAUCCAUGAAGAUCUUGCUGAAAUAGCGUGAUUUGAAAUAUCUUAAAACUUUGUGACAGUUAAUAUCAAUCUGCAUUAUUGACGGUUGACGGUAAAAAAUACCCUUAUGACGGUUGACGGUUAAAUUUUUUGCCGUUUGGCGGCUGACGGUUAACCCUAUUCAGUGAAACGGCCCGUGGCAUCUCAAGUCUUCACACCUGGACAACCAGGGUGAAAAUAGCAAAAACUGUCUCGAAUACGGAGGGCAAAUAAUGCACCUAUCAAUGUAAUGCCGGCGGGGGGGAGGCAGGGCAUAGGUUGGGGAUUUGACUUUUUUCAAAAAUUUUCAAUCAAAUUCCCUGCCCACGGGCAAAUCAUUCCAGUCAAAUGCAACCAAAUUUCCCCACCCCAGGCUGCACAUUGCUGUCAGUCCCAAGGCAGAACCUAAGAAAGGCACAAUAAAAAUAUCUCCAAUUAAAACUCUGCAAUCUUUUAUAAACGUUGCUGCAUAACCAAAGAUACAUGUUCCUGUUACAGCUGCAAUUAUACGUUUUAACCAUAAUCCGUGUUACACUGCGUAGAAUACAUAAACCUUUAGGAGAAAGUCCACAUUUUGUAAGUCUAAAUAUACCGUUCUUAGUUAAGGGUACAAAGAAAGUCAGUUUUAUAAGUUUACAGUGAUUGUAGCGAAUGGGCCAUACACUAAUCAAUUGUACUUGCAAAAAUCGACUCGGCUUCUCUUUACUUCCGCUUACUUUGAUACCACAGUAUAUUAAGAGGUUCAAUUGAUCAAAAACACGCUAAAAAAAACGAAACUUGAAGACAAAACAGUGAAAUCCACUCGGCCUUCGCUUGCUCUCAUGGGCCUCCAUGACUUCCUGAUCUUUUCAAGCCGUAUGGCGCAUUCGUGAAGCGUGGAAGCGGGAAACAUAUGUUCGGUCUCAGUCUUUUUCGUCCGAGUCGGCAGUCAAAUAUCUCCACGUCAGGCGAAGAAAGAUUCAAAUAUCCCCUCCCCCGGGAGAACAAGAUAAGUCAAAUACCCUACCCCAGGGACAACAAAGACAAUCAAAUCCCCACCCUAUGCCCUGCCCCCCCUCCGGCUUUACAUUGAUAGGUGCAUAGGAACUUUUUACACCUUGGUACAUGGCCAAAUUGGCGACUUUCGCUACAAGUUUAGUCGCCAAUUUUUUUUUUUUAAAAGCCAUGGCGACCAAAAUGGUCGCAGCUUGGAGCGCUGAAUUUAUUAGUGUUUUAAAAUAAUGUACAAUUUAUUGAUUUAAGUUAAGCAGUCACGUGUAAUUGUUUUUGUAAACAAAAUUUGACAGCCAGUAAUGCAGGCGUUUUCUCAGAGCUUGGGGAUCGCUCGAUUACUCUUUACUGAUGCUCAGCUCUGCUUUCAAAAGAAGAGUUUCCCUUGUCCAACAAAAACCUGCUAAUUUUGAAGACCGCCACGUAAAUUCGUCAUAGGCAGUUUCAAUGGUGAAUCCAAAGGGGACCGGAGUUACUGGAUCGACCCUGAGAAGAGUGGAAACCCGUUGAAAGUUUAUUGUGGUCCACAUGAGAGUUGUGAGAUCUGCUCUUAAAAACUGUUUUUCACAUGAACUCACAUAACUUCCCUUCAACAGAAUAUUAGUUAAAACUUGGAAAGCCUAAAACAGAUCAAGACAAUCAGAAUUAUCAAUUACUGGAUAAGGAUAAGUGUGAUAUAAAGAAUUAUACAGAGUUGCUUCGGCAUAAGAGAAAACAGACAUUGUUUGCUGCAGGGUCAGUUUUUCUCUAAGUUAUACCUGUACCUUUAAAACGGUUGUUUUUCCUUAUUAAAAAACAACUUUCCAUUUCAGGUGGAUGGCUCCUCGUUUCCAACGUUGUGAUUGGUUCAACUCCACCCUCUCAGCUUCCAGUCAAGACUUCAUACCGUGGAAUAACCAGUGAUCAGAUGGUUCUCACAAAAACCGCCAUGAAUGAGCUGAGAACAAACUUGUCUUUCACCCAACUGAGAUUCCACUGCAGUAAAAACAAUGGACGUACGUUCCACGUGACCACUGUUGCUAACACCACCGGUGAAGCUGUAGUCCGGUACUUCAGCGGUCAGACGGAUGUCCAGCCCGCCUCGUGUGGCUCAUAUGUCAGAAUGGAAAAUGACAACUCAAGCCUGGCAAGAGUUUGCCAAAAUUGGGGAUUGGAAAAUGGCUUGUACACAGUUGGCAAAUGGGGUCAUGGUCAAAAUCAAGACAGGCUGUAUAUAUACUCUGCUUUUACACAUGGCAAAUAUCAUUGGUACAUGAACCCACCUAAUUUUAGUUGCGAUGAUCAUGAUGGCACUCCACUUCCAACAUCUUCUGGUGAUUUCUGGAAAGUCUAUGUUCGCUAAGAACUCGCAAAAUUGAUUGCAUUGUCUAAAUGUGUAUCUUAUUAAGAGACUUUCUUUGUAUAGUUUUGGAGUGAAAAUACGUUGGGUAGCAGUUAUCAUGUGAAAAAUCAGAUAGUAAGUUAGAUACUUAAAGAACUUUUUAACAACUAAUGUUCAUUUGCAUUUUAUCCUCGUUUUUAGCUUCUAUUUAUUAAUUCGUGUUUUCCUUAUUUCCUCUUAUUUAUUUAAGCUUGCUUAAUUAGGCUUUUUGCCUUGAACUUUUACCCGCUUUUCACAUUUAUUGACAUUUUCAAGUAUAUAGCUGCAAUAUUUUGUCAUAUAUACAAUCUUUCCUAAGUUUCAGGUUUGCCUUUUAUCAUUGUUUGUUUGCAUUUAUUCAGUCAAGAGCAUUUAUUAAAAUCAAAUAGCAACUAAACGUUAUUCCUAGAGAGUGUAAUGAAUGCAAGUAAAGCGUGUGCAUUCACUCGCUGAGCUGAUGUAGCGAUGUCGAGUUUUAAAAGGCGAAAACUAUGAUUGGUACAUUUAAUAAUAUUCAAACCAUAUAUGUGACCAUAUCGUUCGUCGCCAUAAACUAUCAUUGGUGCAUUGAGCCAUAUUCGAACAAUAUACGUGGCGAUAUCGUUUGUCGUAAUAACCCAAAUCCAUCGUCUACUAGAUUUCUGGAAAGUCUAUGCUCGCUAAAACGUUGAAACAGUGUUUUUCAGUCCACAUUCUUACUUCUUUUUUGUUUAAUUAUUGUAAUGGAAUCCGACAUUUUGCAAAUGUAAGAUAUAUGAAGUAUACUAUGUUACAAGAAUGAAAAUGCAGAAGGU